AUGAGUGUCUUCCUCAUUCCGUUGGGUAUUUGCCAAGACAUUGAGAAAAUUAUGGCAAACUUUUGGUGGAAAACAAAAAGUUCCAAUGGACAAGGCAUCAUCUGGAUGUCUUGGGAUCGUAUGGCUGCACCUAAAGAAUCUGGGGUGUAUAAAGCUAAAUAUUACCCUCGCACUGACUUUCUAAAUGCUGAAUUGGGUAACAAUCCUAGUUUUUUCUGGCGUAGUAUUUGGAGUGCACAGAAUUUGGUUCAUCUUGGGGCUAGAAUAACUAUCGGUACUAGGCUUUCAACACACAUUCUCAAACAACCUUGGCUUCCUGAUCCUGUCAACCCCUAUGUCUCUACUACAGGACCGGGUCUUAAUGAGUAG